GCUCCAAGCAACAAUUACGCGAAAGCGGUAACGUACCGCAAAUUUUAUUUUUAUUUUGCUAUUUCGAAUUUUAGGGAACAAACGAAACUAAAGAAUGCUGCUCAUAAGGCAUCUGAGGGCGACCGCCGAAAUCCUAAGGAUCUCGACGCGGCUGGGUGGAACGCAAACGUGCCUCUGCAGUACACAGUCGAAGGACACGAAAAACAACCAGAAACCGGAGGAUGGGAAAAGUUUAAUAUUGCGAACGAACCUCUUCGAAUCGGCCGCCAAGAAGGAUAAACAAACCUACAUAGAAAUGGUGAAAAUUUUUGAAAAGCGAAGCGUGCAUCGAAGAAAUCACGUAGAGUUUAUCUAUGCCGCCCUACGGCACAUGGAAGAGUUCGGCGUUAGUAAAGAUAUCGCUGUGUACAAGGCACUGAUCGACGUGAUGCCGAAAGGCAAGUUCAUCCCGACGAACAUUUUUCAGGCCGAAUUUAUGCACUACCCACGGCAGCAGCAGUGUAUCAUCGAUCUACUGGAGCAGAUGGAGGAUAAUGGCGUUAUGCCAGACUACGAAAUGGAAGCGAUGCUGGUGAAUGUAUUCGGCAAGAAGGGACACCCGGUGCGAAAGUACUGGCGCAUGAUGUAUUGGAUGCCAAAGUUUAAAAAUCUUUCCCCUUGGCUGCUGCCGAAUCCGGUGCCGGAUGACGCCCUGGAACUGGCCCGGUUAGCCGUGGAGCGAAUGUGUUCGAUCGAUCCGCGCAGCCAGAUUGAUGUGUUCGAUACGAAGACGGUUGAAAACGCACUGGACCACACGUGGGUGGUCAGUGGACAAAGCUUAGAGCAGUCGGAGCUACUAGAGGCGCACGAUAAGCAAGAACCUGUGUACAUAGAGGGACCAUUUGUUAUAUGGCUGCGGAAUCGAUCCAUCAACUACUAUGUACUGAAAAGUGCACCAAAGAAACUGCAACCGUUAGAAGCAUCCGGAGACCCCGAUGAUGUAUCAAAAUUAGAAAACCCCUACAUUGGUUUGGAUUUACGGUUUCGUAAAACCAAACAAUCAGGUUCCGCUGUCAGCACACGAAGGCGAUCGGUACACGAGCAGGAAGAUGGCAUCAUUUACGCGAUCUGCUGUACCGGGUCAUCGACGAAAGAUUCGUUGCUGUCUUGGAUUCGGUUGCUAGAGAAGGAAAAGGGUAAUGCUGCGCUGGCGUCGCUUGCUGUGUUGUUUAAGUUUACUUCACCAUCGGCAGAAUUGUUGGUACCGGAAGAAGACUCCAAUAAAGUACAACAUUAAUUGAAACUCCCUUGUUUGUUAUUCAGGCAGGCGAUAGGAAGAAUUUUAUUAAAAGGUUUGUUAAUCCAUUUUCCUCUCUAGUCUGUGUUUGCUUCUCUCUGUUCCUUUUGUAGUCUGUCUCCUCCUGGAUGGCACUAUCCUGAUUAACUCCUAAAACAUUUGAACAUUUUAAUUGUACCCUAACGUGAACAAACACUACCUAUUAA